AUGGAAAGCCGUGGAAUCGCGAAUAUGAUCAAUGAGAUUCUAAAAUGUCUGCAGGCACGUACUGUGAUACCAACGGGCAUUGGCAACUCGGCAGCUAUUUUGUUGGUCUGCAAACCAGCACAUAGCCGCAAGACAAGACACAUUGAGUUAAGAGGGCAUUAUGUGCGCGAACGGAUAAAAGCUGGAAACAUCAUGGUUAAGAUAGUCGCCGGAGCAGAGAAUCCUGCUGACACGUUUACGAAGGGUUUACCAAAUCGCAGCCUUUCAAGUGUCGAGCCGCUAUUGGCUAUGAGAGCCUCAUAG